AUGGGGCAUCUCCCUCCAAUAGAAAUAUUCAAAUCGCAACCAUUAAGUGAGAAGAAGAAACUAGUACUUGACCAGCUUUUUGAGCCAUGCGAUUCACUAACCUCACUAAUUAAUGAAUCAAUCUUUGUCAAGAAUAAGCCAUUCAAUACAUAUCAACAAUUCAUUGAACUAGUACGAGCUGAACUUUUAACGUUUCUCAGCUUUUGCGAGUUUGUUCAAUCACGAACUCAUAAGGGAAUCAACCCGGUAGUAAAUAAAAUAAUCUCAGCACAUCCUCGAUUAGGUGUGCCUAAAGAUCAUCAAUUAAGUGAACAUUCCAGUCAUGAACAAAGAAAUUUAGCUGGUACAAAAGAGAUGAGACAAAAACUUCAAGAUUUAAACGAUGAAUACGAACAAACUUUCCCUGGGUUGAAAUAUGUUGUGUUUGUCAAUGGAAGAAAUCGUGACGAAAUUAUGGAUGAUAUGCGUAUGCGAAUCAAGAGAAAUGAAAUUGAACUAGAAAGAAAAGAGGCAUUCAAUGCUAUAUGUGACAUUGCCUUGGAUAGAGUUUCAAAGUUGGAAACAAAAUUAUAG